ACUAAACAACUAGUCUAUAUUACGGAAGAGUGGCAACAUGACCGGACGUGGUAAAGGAGGAAAAGGUUUGGGAAAAGGAGGAGCCAAGCGUCAUCGUAAAGUGCUCCGUGACAAUAUCCAAGGUAUUACUAAGCCAGCCAUUCGUCGGUUAGCCCGUCGUGGAGGUGUCAAGCGUAUUUCUGGUUUGAUUUACGAGGAAACCCGUGGAGUGUUGAAGGUGUUUCUGGAAAACGUAAUCCGUGACGCCGUCACCUAUACCGAACACGCCAAGAGGAAGACGGUUACUGCUAUGGAUGUUGUCUACGCUCUGAAACGUCAAGGACGUACAUUGUACGGAUUCGGAGGUUAAUUCGUGUUUAAUAUAAUUUUAUAUUCUAA